UAAGGAAAAAAAAACCUCACUUUGUUUGUGAUGUGACAUUUGUCACUUUGUCAGUUUCAGUUUGUUUGUCACGUUUGUGUUGUUUUCACUUGUGGAUUUCUGUCUAGAAUAUAAAAUAGUCCUGAAAUCUAUUACAUAGGCUAAAUAUCCAACUUUUCAUAUUUCACCUGAAUUUAAGUUGAAAAUAAAAUGACUGAAGUUCAACUACAGGAAUUCAAACUGGAGCCUGAUUCGGAGCUUCGUUUUGAAGUCGAAUCCAAGAACGAGAAAGUUGUUUUGGAGAUAAAAAGCGGUUACGCGGAGCUGUUUGGUACCGAGCUAGUCAAAGGGAAGCCCUAUGAGUUCCAUACGGGAGCUAAAGUAGCGGUAUUCACGUGGCACGGCUGUACGGUGGAGCUGCGAGGCCGGACUGAAGUCAGCUACGUAGCUAAAGAGACCCCCAUGGUUGUCUACCUAAACGUCCAUGCUGCAUUAGAGCAGCAGCGAGUAGCAGCCGAGCAGGAGAACACCAGAGGCCCAGUCACCAUGGUUGUGGGGCCUGGAGAUGUCGGCAAAUCAACACUGACCAGGAUACUCCUCAACUACGCUGUGAGGAUGGGCCGGAGGCCGAUAUAUGUGGACCUAGACGUGGGUCAGGGGCAGAUUAGUGUGCCAGGGACUAUUGGAGCCUUACUAGUAGAAAGACCAGCAUCAAUAGAAGAAGGUUUCAGUCAACAGGCGCCUCUAGUAUACCAUUUUGGACACAAAUCAGCUUCGGAGAACUUAGAGCUUUACAAUACCAUAGUGUCCAGGCUAGCCGAGGUCAUAGCUGAGAGGUGUGAAAACAAUAAGAAAGCGUCAACGUCAGGCGUCAUCAUCAAUACCUGUGGUUGGAUCAAGGGCGCCGGGUACAAGAUGCUCACGCACGCCGCCCAGGCGUUCGAGGUGGAUGUUAUAUUAGUAUUGGACAAUGAGAGAUUAUACAACGAGCUAAAAAGAGACAUGCCAAAGUUCGUCAAAGUUGUUUACUUGCCAAAGAGCGGUGGGGUGGUAGAGCGCUCGAGCCAAGCACGCGCCGAGGUCCGUGAUUGCCGAAUACGCGAGUACUUCUACGGCAAGCGCACACCCUACUACCCUCACUCUUUCGAUGUCAAGUUCCAGGAUCUCAAGAUAUACAAGGUGGGCGCGCCAUCGUUACCGGACUCGUGCAUGCCGCUGGGCAUGCGCGCCGAAGACGCGCUGACUAAGCUGGUGGCGGUGACGGUGACGCCGGCGCUGGCGCACCGCCUGCUGGCCGUCACGUUCGCGGCCGGGCCCGACGACGACGCGCCCUGCUCCAACCUGGCCGGGAUCGUGUGCGUGACCGCAGUGGACAUGGACCGGCAGAUGCUCACCAUCCUGUCCCCGCAGCCGCGGCCGCUGCCCAACACCGUGCUGCUGCUCUCCGAGCUGCAGUACAUGGACAACCAUUAAUAGGAUACUCGACGACUUCUCCAUACAAACGUAGUCCUCAUUUUCCCUUCUGGAUAUUGACAUAGAAAAUAUUUUCACAGUUUUUUAACUAUAGCUUAGCUUGUUUGACUUUUUUUGAUUUUUAUAUUAUAUUAUUAUAAAUAUUAAGAGCGAAUAACAAAAAGGAAGUAUUACUGCAAUGUUCUGACGCCACAGCAGCACUCUCACCUAUCGUAAACCAUAGGGUAACUUAUACAUACCGUGCCUUAAACUGUUUUUUGACAAGUUUUCACAGAUAAUAAAAUAUUGAUGGAUGCGUCAAGGCGAUUUGCUUACAAAUGGCCUACCGGGAAACGUGAAAAUCGAAAAUUAGUGAUCUACCUCUUUAUCGCUUAAAUAUACAAGAGUGAUAGAGAGGUUAGAUAACGAAAUUUCGAUUUUCUUGUUUCGCGGUAGACCCUCAGAUUGUGAUGGAUUGUGGUAGGGCCCCCAAUGCAGUUUCGCGUAAUAUUCCCUAUUUCAUACUGUUGGGUUAAUCAACUUUUUUGUUUUGUUAUCCUGUCCCGUUGUCCAAGGGACAACAGUGGCACAGUUUGUUUGAAGAGACGUUGUAUGCCGUUCUAUUAACAUGCUUAGUAGGGGGCCCAUUAUGGACAUUGGUUAUAACGACCACAAAAACGCAAGUUUGAUACAUUUAGUACCAUAAAAUCAGUAUUUCAAUGAACGUUUGUCCCCUGGACAACUAAUCGUAACCAUGGCAACGAGUGACGCUAAAAAGUUGAUUCUCCCUGUUAAUAUUUAAAAAAUCGAAAUAAUUCAAACGAAGCAUGCCGCUUCGUUAGCUGUGAUUAUGUUACAUCAAAUUGUGUUAAAAUAUUGUCUAUUAUUUCAAUAUCCAGAGAGGAAAAUGCGGACUACAUUUGUAUGAAAAGGCGAUUUCGUCCGGUCGUCCCCUUUAGUCUUAAAGUGCGUCCACAUCUGGCGAACGCGCCGCGAAUCUGUUCACGUAUGGCUCACUUAACUGCGCGCGCACAUUAUGUACGCGCGUAAAGACUACUCGUGUGCAGUACGCGGUGACGCAUUCGCCAGAUCUGGACGGACAUCAUUAUCGCGGGAAUCCAGACCGAAAGACAUGCUCAAAUGGCCUAAAGCAGACCUUAUGCCCUAGUAAUAAGAUUUACAAAUUGAUCGAAUCGGAUACAUUGUGAUGUCAUAGUUCCCAUUCUAGAGCCCUAGUUUUAGCAUUGAUAUGAUCUGCGAGGAUCUAAAUCUAAAACCCACAAGACUGUAUAUAAAUUAUAUUUGCUAAGAUGUAAUAAAUAUAAAUAUAAAAUUU